AUGUGUGAUCAAAUUGCCCUCCCAUGUCCAUUACCAUGCCCAGAACCGUGUCCACCAUGUUUAGAUCCCUGUUUGCCUUGUUUCCCAUGCUUCCUUUGCCCAUCGCCAUGUUCACCAUGUCCACCAAAGCGUUCGUUUCGAGAACUUAGAGGAAGCAUUCUGAUCAUCAAAUGUGAAUGCGUCAAACGAAAUGGUCUACAGCUAGAUUGCCCACGUCGAGAAUGUAAGGGACGUCCAUUAUGCACAGUGAGGCCAAUUCCAAGAUGCUGCACAUCAAAGUGGAUGUGGAGAUACGAAAUGGUUACAAUGGGAAAACCUUCAUUUCCUUCCCCAAUGACAAACAAAUGUUCACCUUCUCCUAAUUGUAAUCCUCAUGUCUUUGAUCCUUGUGCCUAA